AUGACUGAGUACAAACUGGUGGUGGUUGGAGCAGGUGGUGUCGGGAAAAGUGCACUGACAAUCCAGCUAAUCCAGAACCACUUUGUAGAUGAAUAUGAUCCCACCAUAGAGGAUUCCUACCGAAAACAGGUGGUUAUAGAUGGUGAGACCUGUCUGUUGGACAUACUGGAUACAGCUGGACAAGAGGAGUACAGUGCCAUGAGAGACCAGUACAUGAGGACAGGCGAAGGCUUCCUUUGUGUGUUUGCCAUCAAUAACAGCAAAUCAUUUGCAGACAUUAACCUCUACAGGGAACAGAUUAAGCGCGUAAAGGACUCAGAUGAUGUACCUAUGGUGCUAGUAGGAAACAAGUGUGAUUUGCCAACAAGGACAGUUGACACAAAACAAGCCCAUGAACUGGCCAAAAGUUAUGGGAUUCCAUUCAUUGAAACCUCAGCCAAGACCAGACAGGGUGUUGAAGAUGCCUUUUACACACUGGUAAGAGAAAUACGUCAGUACCGAAUGAAAAAACUGAACAGCAGUGAUGAUGGCACUCAAGGUUGUAUGGGGUUGCCGUGUGUGGUAAUGUAA